UCUCUCUAUCUCUCUCUCUCCCGUGGUAGCAGGAGCAGCGCGGGCGGCGGGGCUGGAGUGUGGCUGAGGCGGCCAUUCCUACAGAGCGAGAGAGAGCGCAGCGUGUCCCCCCCCCCCAGGCUCAGUCGCUCACAGGAGAUGCCCUCGGCUACCAACAGCACCAUGGCGAGCAGCACCACCGGCAGCAGCACCGGCAAAGCAGGACCGGGCAGCGAGGCUGCCCCGGCGGCGGCGGCCCCGCAGGCGGCGGCGGGUGUGAACAUCACCACAGUGCAGACCGAGGCCAUGAAGCAGAUCCUGGGGGUGAUCGAUAAGAAGCUGCGCAACCUGGAGAAGAAAAAGAGCAAACUUGAUGAUUAUCAGGAACGAAUGAACAAGGGAGAACGUCUGAAUCAAGAUCAACUGGAUGCAGUGUCAAAAUACCAGGAAGUGACAAAUAAUCUGGAAUUUGCUAAGGAACUGCAGAGGAGUUUUAUGGCUCUGAGCCAAGAUAUCCAGAAAACUAUAAAGAAGACAGCUCGUAGGGAGCAGCUGAUGCGAGAGGAGGCUGAGCAGAAGCGUUUAAAGACUGUGCUGGAGCUGCAGUUUAUUCUGGAAAAGUUGGGGGAUGAUGAAGUACGCAGCGACCUCAAACAAGGAUCCAACGGGGUGCCAGUGCUGACAGAGGAGGAACUGACAAUGCUGGAUGAGUUUUAUAAGCUUGUUUACCCUGAACGAGACAUGAACAUUAGGUUGAAUGAGCAGUAUGAGCAAGCAUCUGUUCACCUGUGGGACUUGCUGGAAGGGAAGGAAAAACCAGUUUGUGGAACAACCUAUAAGGCACUGAAGGAAGUUGUUGAACGGAUUCUUCAGACCAGUUACUUUGACAGCACCCACAACCACCAGAAUGGGCUGUGUGAAGAAGAGGAGGCAGCACCUGCACCUGCCGUAGAAGACACUGCAGCAGAGGCUGAACCUGAUCCAGCAGAAGAAUUUACUGAACCAACUGAAGUUGAAUCAACCGAGUAUGUAAACAGACAAUUCAUGGCAGAGACUCAGUUCAGCAGUAGUGAGAAGGAACAGGUAGAUGAGUGGACAGUUGAAACGGUUGAGGUUGUAAAUUCCCUGCAGCAACAGACACAGGCGACGUCUCCUCCCGUCCCAGAACCUCACACGCUCACUGCUGUGGCUCAGGCAGAUCCCUUGGUCAGGAGACAGCGAGUACAGGACCUCAUGGCACAGAUGCAGGGCCCCUACAACUUCAUGCAGGACUCGAUGCUGGAAUUUGAGAACCAAACACUUGAUCCUGCCAUUGUAUCUGCACAGCCCAUGAACCCAGCACAGAGUUUGGACAUGCCCCAAAUGGUUUGCCCUCCAGUUCAUGCUGAGUCAAGACUUGCCCAACCUACCCAAGUUCCUGUGCAACCAGAAGCUACACAGGUUCCCUUGGUUUCUUCUACAAGUGAGGGAUAUACAGCUUCCCAACCCAUGUAUCAGCCUUCUCACACAGCAGAGCAACGGCCACAGAAAGAAUCAAUUGACCAGAUUCAGGCUUCCAUGUCCUUGAAUGCAGACCAGACUCCAUCCUCAUCAUCACUUCCCACUGCAUCCCAGCCACAGGUGUUCCAGGCUGGCUCCAGCAAGCCUUUGCAUAGCAGCGGAAUCAAUGUCAAUGCAGCUCCAUUCCAAUCCAUGCAAACAGUAUUCAACAUGAAUGCACCUGUUCCUCCUGUGAAUGAGCCAGAAACCCUUAAGCAGCAAAACCAGUACCAGGCCAGUUACAACCAGAGUUUCUCCAAUCAACCUCACCAAGUAGAACAAUCAGAUCUCCAGCAAGAACAACUCCAGACAGUGGUUGGUACCUACCACGGUUCCCCAGACCAGAGUCACCAAGUGGCAGGAAACCACCAGCAGCCUCCACAGCAGAACACUGGAUUUCCCAGGAACAGCCAGCCUUACUACAACAGCCGAGGGGUGUCCCGGGGGGGAUCCCGCGGGGCCCGGGGCCUCAUGAAUGGUUACAGGGGCCCGGCAAAUGGAUUCAGAGGGGGAUAUGAUGGCUACCGUCCUUCCUUUUCCAACACUCCAAACAGUGGCUACACACAGCCCCAGUUCAAUGCUCCUCGAGAUUACUCAAACUACCAGAGGGAUGGGUAUCAACAAAAUUUCAAACGUGGCUCUGGACAAAGUGGACCUCGGGGAGCUCCUAGAGGUCGUGGAGGGCCCCCCAGACCAAACAGAGGGAUGCCUCAGAUGAACGCUCAGCAAGUGAAUUAAACACAUUCACAGGAUUCCAUUCAACGCCAAAAACACGCUGGCCAGUGUACAAUACAUGUUACCAGAAGAGUUAUUAUCUAUUUGUUCUCCCUUACAGGAAGUUCGUUGUAAAGGGACUAUUUUCAUUACCCAUAAUGACAGGACUACAGUUGCCAGCUUUAUAUUCCCUGGAUAUUGAAAGGAACAAAACAACGUUUACUCUGCAUGUUCUGUCCUAAGCAUCAUCUUGAGCCUUGCACAUGAGAUUCAGAUUCAUCACCCUUGCUAAGAAUAAAACAAAAAAGGCAAUUUUCAGGGUGAUCCAAUCUCCAUGGUUAACUGAAGUGGCAGGAAAAAGCAAAGACUCACUUCUGAUAUUUAAGUGAUUUAACAAAAUUCAAAUAAAAUCUGCAAAUCCAUAAAGAUUUAUGCCACUGUGGUGGCAGUUGACAAAACUUAAAUGUUCCCAUGAAAAGAUGGAAAAGGUGAAGUGUGGCUUGGUAGAACAACUGCAUUUCAGCUUUUUCUUAUUAAAUCGAAGCACUGAACAGUUCAAAAUGUGUAGUGAUGCAAUUGCCCUAAAUAGACAGAUGGGCUUAGAGGCAGUUUGUGACAAAAAAGAGGCACCCUUAGCUGCAGCACUCUUCAUCACCAGGGCCCUGAUUCCUGUGGCUAAGGAGUUAAGAGCGCUUGCAUAACUGCUAAUGUAACUGUGUAACUAUUUUUUUUUAGGAGACAAGGUGAAAAGAAAAAAGGAAAAAAAAAAAAAAAAAGCUUUGAUUUGGCACUUGGACAAAAUUUUGCAACAGAUCUUGAGCUAUAAUCUGGAUGGCCACUGUAUAUUUGAUGUGAAGUAUUUAGAUAUCUCUUUGAAACACUUUUAAGUUUCUUUGAUAGCAAUGACUUUUGUAAGGAUUGGUAUUCUCUAUCAUUCCUUAUGACUUGCACAUUGUCUGUCACUAAUACUUGACCUUGCUGUAUUAUCACCUAAAUAACUGAUGCCGGUACUGAUGGAAAUCCCUAAUGGAUAAUCAUAACACUUUUGGUCACAUGUCCUUUUGUCUUUCCUGCAGCCUUGAAGGUUUUAAGAAAUCUCAAAUGCCCGCUGCUGCUGCCCUUCCAAUUGCUAUCUUUUGAAAAGCACCAGUCUGUGUUUGAGUUGAUUUCCCCUUUUCAGGGAAAUGACAGCCAGCAGUUAGAGUUCUAAUGGUAUAAGCAAGAUAAAUAAAACAUGUUUAUAAAAAUUGUA